UAAUGAAAGCUAUUUAUUUAUUGGCAUUAAUUUGUUUAUGCCUUUGUGAUGAUGGCACAUUGUUUUCAGUUGAUUAGAGACUUGGAAAAUACACAAUAAGCGAAGGUAAAUCACCUGUUGCUUUAGCAUGGGGUUACUAUAAACAUGAGGUAAUGUAGGAUGGAUGGGGUAAAUUGUACAUUUGGACAAGUGAUACUUUUAAAUCUCAUGAUUAUAGUUUAAAGACUUCUUAUGCAGCUGGUAUUUUAUGAAUUAUAUCAUUUAGGGUAUUUGGAAGGAUCAUUAACAUAUGAACACAUAUACAAUCAUUUCUGGUCUUGGUAUGAUUUUACUUUUGGAAAUGAAUAAGUAACCAAAGAAUUAUCUUAAUAUUUAUUGGAACAAUAUGAAUAUUCAAGAUAAUUGGUGAAAGACAAUAAAGGAGAUGAAUAUUAUGAAGCCUUGGGUAGAAUCUUAGCAUAAAAUGAUGGAUUAUAUUAAGCAAUUCAAGAUAAAGCUCCAAUCAAUAAGAGACUCACAUGGGUGCAAUUACUAUUGUUGUAAGCAUGUGGUGAUAUUUAUGAAUUGAAAGAAGCAAUGAAACCAAAAGCUGAAAGAAUUUAAUGGCAUUUAUUGACUCCAGAAGAAUUUGAAUGGGAAAGAGAAAAGAGAAUUUCUUGCUCUGCUUUAAUUAAGGCAUUAGAUGAUUGGAGUGAUGUUUGGAUGGCUCACACAACAUGGACAAGUUAUUAGAAUAUGCUUAGAAUUUAUAAAUACUAUUAAUUCUCUGGUCCAAAUCCAUAUAGAGUUAGUUUUUCAUCAAAGCCAGGACUUUUGUAUUCCAAGGAUGAUUUCUAUGUUCUACCAGAUGCUAAUAUGGUAGUCAUAGAAACCACAAAUUCUAUCUUGGAUAGUACUCUCUAUGAUUUGAUUGUACCAACUACUCUAUUAACUUGGUAAAGAGUUCCAGUUGCUCAUGCAAUCUCAAAGGGAGGAGAGAAAUGGACUAGUACAUUCAUAAGACAUAACUCAGGAACAUAUAAUAAUCAAUAUAUUGCUAUUGAUCUUAAAGUAGUAAAGAAGGAGUAAAAUAUUUUUAUUUAAAUUUAGUGUACCUCCUUAAAAGGACUUCAUUUGGAUUUCUGAAACAGUCCCAGGAUUUGCUAUAAAUAAGGAUGUGACUGCUAAAGUUAUAUCAAAUGGUAAUUAUUGGAAGAGUUAUAAUAUUCCAUUUACAACUGAGAUUUAUGACAGAGCUGGUUAUACUGAAGCUGUUAAAAAAGAUCCAAUAAAAUAUUCAUAUGAAUAAUGUCCAAGAGGAUAAAUGAUGAAUAGAGAUGCUCCUAAAGUUAAGAGUUUGGAUGAUAUGAAAAGAUUUAUCAGAUAUAAUGAUUAUAAAAAUGAUGCAAUUUCAGGUAAUAAUCCUGGAAAUGCCAUUUCAAGUAGAUUAGAUUUAUUAGAAGUAAUGAAUAAUAUUAUCAUUUUAGACUAAUCCAAGAGCUCAUGGAUCAAUUGAUGGAAAGGUAGCAUCUUUGGCUUCUGUUCCAUAAAACAUUGCCUAUGUUUAAAGUGGACCUACCACUGAUUAAUAGCCAAUAUUUAGUUGGACUCCAGCAUUCACAGGUAUCCAUUGGGGAUAACCAACAACAUUCAAUUUCACAUGGGUUGAAGUUAAGGAAUAAAAAAUUGUAUGAGU